UUUUUAUAAACAGCCCUUAAAAGGCUCCUGGUGCGCAUAACCCGUCACCAAAGCAGACAAAAAAUUUCUCCAUUGCCGGCACAGAGAAAUUUGGAGAGAUGGCUCUUUCAAAAGCUCUCAAUUUCUGCAGGAGUGUUUCCACAGUUUCUUCCGAACUAUUACGUGUUUGCAUCGUGGGGAGCGGGCCUGCUGGGUUCUACACUGCCGAUAAGAUUUUGAAAGCUCACGAGGGAGCUGAAGUUGAUAUAGUUGAUCGGUUACCUACGCCAUUUGGAUUAGUCAGGUCCGGAGUGGCUCCUGAUCAUCCUGAAACAAAGAUUGUAACGAACCAGUUUUCUCGGGUUGCUCAAAAUAGACGUUGCUCGUUCAUUGGGAAUGUCUCUCUUGGAGCCUCUAUAUCUUUGGCUGAGCUGCGUGAAUUAUAUGAUGCGGUGGUGCUUUCUUAUGGAGCUGAAAGUGAUCAAGCUCUAGGAAUACCCAAAGAAGAUCUAUCUGGGAUAUACGCUGCCAGAGAAUUUGUUUGGUGGUAUAAUGGCCACCCAGACUGCCGAAAUCUGGCACCAGAUUUGAAGAGCUCCGAUACUGCUGUUAUUAUUGGUCAGGGAAAUGUAGCUCUUGAUGUGGCACGUAUCCUUUUACGACCAACUAGUGAAUUGGCAACAACUGAUAUCUCCUUCCAUGCUUUGGCAGCUUUAAGCGAGAGCUCCAUUAGAAAAGUGUAUUUGGUUGGAAGACGUGGAGCAGCACAAGCAGCCUUCACGGCGAAAGAACUGCGUGAAAUUCUACGAAUCAAGGACCUAUCCAUUGAAAUUCGGGAAGCGGAUUUAAGUAAAACCCCAGCAGAUGAGGAAGAACUAAAGAAUAACCGGAUUAAAAGGAGAAUUCAUGAACUGCUCUCUAAGGCAGCCACUCCUGCAACUUCCGUAUGCAAUCCAGGUCAAAAAGAACUGCACUUUGUUUUCUUCAGGAAACCAGACAGGUUCCUGGAAUCAGAUUGUAGAAGUGGUCAUGUUGCUGGUUUGCGGGUGGAGAGGACAAUUCUUAAAGAAGAUGUUGGCUCUGGGAAACAAAUUGCAGUUGGUACUGGACUUUUUGAAGAAAUGGAAUGCGGUCUGGUAUUGAAGAGUGUUGGUUACAAGUCGAUACCUGUUGAUGGCUUGCCUUUUGAUCACCGUAAAGGUAUUGUUCCAAAUGUUCGGGGACGAGUGUUAAGUGAAGCUUCUGAAGAUGCACAAGUCGAGAAAGGCUUGUAUGUAUGUGGGUGGUUGAAGAGAGGACCAACUGGGAUAAUUGCUACAAAUCUUUACUGUGCUGAAGAAACUGUCGCUAGCAUAUCAGAAGAUGUUGAGAGAGGAGUGGUAACAUCAAGAUCUGGCAUAUCUAAGCCCGGAAGGGAGGGCCUCCUCCAAUUGUUAGAUAGCAGGAAUGUCAAAAUUGUUCCAUUUGGUGGCUGGGAAAAGAUAGACAGUGAAGAGAAAAGAAGAGGUAGUCUGAAAAACAAACCCAGGGAAAAGCUUACCUCUUGGCAGGAUUUAUUAGAAGUUGCCACCAAGUGAUAAAAGUGUCUCCAAGAUGGCAGAUUUUGCUUACAUCUGUGGUUUUAUGGUAAAGCCCGAACUCUAUAACUCUUUCAGAUGUGAGCAUUGUUAUUAGCUCUCGGCAUUUAGAGAAUUUGCAGUGCAUUCUUUCUUAGAAAACAUGAGAAAUAAUCGGUUAGCUCUGUUUUGAGCUCUU